CUCCUCCUCCUCCUCCUCCCCUGCGGCGCAGAGGAGUGUCGUGUAGAGGGUUCUGGUGUUCUGACACACUGUUAAAUCGUUGUAAAUGAGGGAUAAACCCGACAAAUAAGCCACCGUGAGCACAAAUAAGAAAUAAAGCUCCCUCUAAGUGCGAGGGCGGCGAGCAGAGACACGGGAGAACAAAUAAACAAACCCGUCCCUGUUCUGAGAAGCCGAGGAGGACUACUGCACCGCAAAGAUGGGGAACCGGGGAAUGGAGGAUCUGAUUCCUCUGGUGAACCGCAUGCAGGAUGCUUUCUCCGCCAUCGGACAAAACGCGAACCUGGACCUGCCGCAGAUCGCGGUAGUGGGCGGCCAGAGCGCAGGGAAGAGCUCGGUGCUGGAGAACUUCGUGGGGAGGGAUUUUCUUCCUCGUGGUUCUGGUAUUGUGACCCGCCGUCCUCUGGUUCUGCAGCUGAUAAACUCCCCCACAGAACAUGCUGAGUUCCUCCACUGUAAGGGGAAGAAGUUCACAGAUUUUGACGAGGUUCGUCAGGAGAUUGAGGCAGAGACUGAUCGUAUCACAGGAGCAAAUAAAGGCAUCUCCCCAGUACCCAUCAACCUGCGUGUCUACUCUCCUCACGUGUUGAACCUGACGCUGGUGGACCUGCCGGGGAUGACGAAGGUUCCUGUUGGCGACCAACCAGCAGACAUUGAGUUCCAGAUCAGGGAAAUGCUUAUGCAGUUUGUCACUAAGGAGAACUGCCUGAUGCUGGCCGUGUCCCCGGCCAACUCUGAUCUGGCCAACUCUGACGCUCUAAAGAUUGCCAAAGAGGUCGACCCUCAGGGUAUGAGGACCAUUGGUGUGAUCACCAAGCUGGACCUGAUGGAUGAGGGAACAGAUGCUAAAGACAUCCUGGAGAACAAGCUGCUUCCUCUUCGAAGGGGUUACAUUGGUGUGGUCAACAGAAGCCAGAAGGACAUCGAUGGGAAGAAAGACAUCACUGCUGCUAUGGCUGCAGAGAGGAAGUUUUUCCUCACCCAUCCUGCGUACCGACACCUCGCUGACCGGAUGGGCACGCCGUACCUCCAGAAAGUUCUCAAUCAGCAACUGACCAACCACAUCCGAGACACCCUUCCUGGCCUGCGGACCAAGCUACAGAGUCAGCUCCUCUCCAUAGAGAAGGAAGUAGAAGAAUACAAAAACUUCCGACCUGAUGAUCCAUCUCGUAAAACCAAGGCACUCCUCCAGAUGGUGCAGCAGUUCUCUGUGGACUUUGAGAAGUGUAUAGAAGGUUCUGGAGACCAGAUCGACACAGCUGAGCUGUCAGGUGGAGCCAGGAUCAAUCGCAUCUUCCAUGAACGCUUUCCUUUUGAGCUGGUCAAGAUGGAGUUUGAUGAGAAAGAGCUCCGAAAGGAAAUCAGCUAUGCUAUCAAGAACAUUCACGGCAUCAGGACGGGGCUUUUCACCCCUGACCUGGCCUUUGAGGCUAUAGUGAAAAAGCAGAUCCAAAAGCUGAAGGAGCCCACACUGAAGUGUAUAGAUAUGGUAGUGAGUGAACUCACCUCCACCAUACACAAGGGUAGUCAAAAGCUGGCUCAGUAUCCCAUGCUGAGAGAAGAGAUGGAGAGAAUUGUUACUCAGCACAUCAGAGACAGAGAAAGUCGCACCAAGGAGCAGGUGCUGCUGCAGAUAGACAUCGAGUUGUCUUACAUGAACACCAACCAUGAAGACUUUAUUGGAUUUGCAAAUGCUCAGCAGCGGAUCAACCAAAUGAACAAAAAGAAGACAGCUGGAAACCAGGAUGAAAUCAUGCCGGAGAGAGGAGCUAACGAUCGGUACAAGGUGAUCAGAAAAGGCUGGCUGACCAUCAACAACAUCGGCAUCAUGAAGGGAGGAGCCAAGGAGUAUUGGUUCGUCCUCACCGCCGAGUCCCUGUCCUGGUACAAGGACGAUGAGGAGAAGGAGAAGAAGUACAUGCUGCCAGUAGAUAACCUGAAGCUGCGUGAUGUGGAGAAAGGCUUCAUGUCCAGCAAGCACAUUUUUGCCCUCUUCAACACUGAACAGAGAAACGUGUAUAAGGACUACCGUCAGCUGGAGCUGGCCUGUGAAAGUCAGGAGGAUGUGGACGCGUGGAAGGCCUCUUUCCUCAGGGCCGGAGUUUAUCCUGAGCGAGUGACGAGUGACAGCGGUGGCGAUGAAAAUGGCUCUGACAACUUCAUGCACAGCAUGGACCCUCAGCUGGAGCGACAGGUGGAGACAAUCCGCAACCUGGUGGAUUCCUACAUGGCCAUUGUCAACAAGACCGUUCGUGAUCUGAUGCCAAAGACCAUCAUGCACCUCAUGAUAAAUAACACAAAAGAGUUCAUCAACGCUGAGCUGUUGGCUCACCUCUACUCCUGUGGAGACCAAAACACUCUGAUGGAGGAGUCUCAGGAACAGGCGCAGCACCGUGAUGAGAUGCUCCGGAUGUAUCAUGCCCUGCGAGAGGCCCUCAGCAUCAUCGGGGACAUCAGCACCACCACCGUGACCACCGCCAUGCCACCACCUGUGGACGACUCCUGGCUACAAGUGCAGCGGGGUGGCUCCGGAGGGAGGUCUCCUGCAACCAGUCCAACUCCAAACCGCAGGGCUCCUCCGGGACCUCCAGCCCGUCCGGGGUCUCGUGGACCUCCACCUGGGCCUCCUCCUGCUGGGGGACCCCCUGUCCCAUCUCGUCCUGGAGCCUCGCCUGACCUCCAUGGUGGGCCUCCGCCCACUGUGCCCUCCAGGCCUAAUCGUGCACCCCCAAGUGUGCCCAGUCGGAGACCCCCACCUUCUCCAACCCACUAGACCUCCAAGCUCCUUCCCCUGUCUGUCUGUUCAUCCUCUGGAUGAGAGGCCUCUGUGGACGACUGCCCCACCCUGCUGACGCCAUCAACCUCAAGUGGCCCACACAGGCUCCCUCCCUCCUUCCUCCUCCUCAAAAAUAACUCACCUCCUCCUUUUCCUCCGCCUCCCAACCUCCCUCACCUGUCUGUUUACACAAAGAUGCAGAAUACUUGAAUCUCAUUUGCUUGGCAGAGUUUUUACCUUAGAGACAAUUUAAUAGGUCAUAAUAGACAAAUGGGUUAUGUAGCACACACAUAGAGUAAAUCUAAGCAAAUUCACUUCAGAACGUUUCUAAAACAGCUUCUUCAUGUUUUAGCAUGAUGCUAAUGAGCCUUUCAGUUAAAUAGUUUCACUGUUUUCCUUAAUAACAUUUGUUUUAUCAUAUUUUUUGUUUUAUUACUUAAAACUUGCUCUUACUUAAAGAAAUACUUUACUUAAAAGUGCAAGUCUAAUACUCUUAUUGCCUGUAAUGUUUGCAGAUAAAAGCUAUUCCAAACACACAGCAAAGCAAUAACGCAAUAUAUACGAUGUAAACAUUACUUUAACUGGGUCUCAAAAGCAUUGUUGGAACCAUACCAAGCGAAUGCACAACAGAGACCUUAAACUUAUUGAUAAUAAGCCUCAUACAGGUGAUUUUAUGCAUGUUUUGACAUUUCAAAGACUUUUAUCUCGGCUUUUGGAGGAGAAAAAUUAGUCAUUGUUUAUCUCCUUUGCAGAAUUUCAAGCUCAGAGAUAAAAAAAAUCAAAGCAUGUUUGGAGUAUUUCUUUAAGGGUCACGAUGCAAGCUCAACAUAUCUGGAGAAUGCAUCAUUUAACCUUGGUUUACGUAUUAUUGUUCAUUGUUGAAUUGAGGUUUUCAUCAUUUCUUGUGCUCGCUCCAAAAUUAUGUGAGAAUGCACCCGAGCCCUGUUUGAUUAGAUCUUAGAAACAUGUAAUUGAUUUCUCUGUUCCUUGUACUGAUUUUGUUGGGGUUCUUCACGUUUCCGUCCACUUAAGGUUUUGCUUUGUCUCUUAUUCUUUUAAAACUGGGCCAACAAGGGCGUGCCCUCUCAUACCGGGAGCCCCUUGCCACCGUUCAUCUCUAAGAAGAAUGCCCCUUUUAGCUCCAUCUUUCUGAUUUUAAAAUAUUCGUUACAACUAAACCUCCACUCACUCUUUCUCUCAGAUGAGGCAGGAGGACUGAAAAUAAAAGAAAGAAGGAAUGGAUCGCCUCCUCCAGACCAUUCAGGGAAGGGCUGCUUUUUGCCUCCUUGCCAUCCUCCUCCUCCUUUGCCUUGGAUGCAUCUCGUGCGUCAGCCUGCAGGAAGUGAAACUCCUGCUUACCUUCAACACUCUUUAGGAGACUUUCAUCCUCACAGCUCUAUCCUGAAGCUGCUGCUUGUGCUUUCAGAGAACCUAUGCAACAAACCGAACGGUUUUCGCUUUUCCUGAGGAAAAUUAUCCCCACCUCUGUUUUUUAGCCACAUAAAUCUUUAUUGUGACACAGAAGAACGUGAUUAGCUAUUUGAGCGGUGGUAGAUUUAGUGGCUUGUGUUACUUUUUAAAGGAUGGUCAGAUGUUAUUAUCCAGAGGUUCCUGAUGGGGACGUCUGGCUUCUACACUCAAAAUCAGGGUUGAUCACAGAAAGAUCAGGGAACCAUCUCAUCCAACUUAAUGAUUUGCUUCUUUUGUCUUCCCUUUUCUUUUUUUCUUUCCUUCUCCCAGCGGUCAGGGGGGUGAGUGAGAACACAGUCUAUUCACAAAACCCAUGAUGAGCCCUCGCUGAAUUAAAUCCUUCGUUGAAUCCCUUUUUUUGCUACAGCUGAACUUUGCUGUCAGUGUGAUGUGUUGUGUUUUGAGCCCCAAACACCCCUUCCUCUCACACACACACACACACACACACACACACACACACACACACACACACACACACACACACACACACACACACACACACACACACACACACACACACGCGCGCGAAUAAUUUACCCCACUGCACUCCCUUCUUGUGCAUCCUUGUUUUUCACCUCUGCAGAGUAAACUCAUCAAAGCAUAUUGUAUUUAUUGUUAUUUAUUUAAUUAAUGUGCUAUUGUUAUUAUUAUUAUGUAUAUGUAUGAUAUAUCUUAUUGGAUUUGUUCUCUCCCAUAGGAUCUAGUCUGCAGCAUAUGGAUCAGCAGAUAAAAUUAGUAAUUCAUGUUUAAGAUAGAAUAUUUAAAAGUAAACUUAUAAAAUCAGCAUUUCAGAUGCAAAUGAUUAUUGGGAGGUUGUUUGAUGUUGUUGUUUGAAGCUGGGGGAGGGUGUUUUUUGGUUUUGUUCAUCUGUGAAAGGAAAGCAACUGUAACAUAAAUGAGAAGGACUGUUCUACUCCAUCAUUACAAUAAACCCCUCCAUGUACUGCAUAA